AUGUCGCUAACUGGAAUACUACUUAAUGUUUCUGGUUCUAUGGAGAAGAACAUUGGAGGCGGUACUGAUGAAGAAGGCGGACCAUGGGCUCAGUCUAUUUUCAAAGUUAUUGAUGACCUUAUUGAACAUGAUCUGACGUCUGAUAAUCGUGUUUUUGCUAUUGGCAUCGGUGCAAAUUGUUCCAAACAAAUAUUUGAUGUUAUUGGAACUAUUCAGCAAAUCGAGAACAUGGAAAUGCCUAGCUAUCGUAAGAACGCGCCUGCUACAAACGACCACAUCAACGAGAUAUUCACUGUUCUCGAGAAAAAUGGUGCACGUAACAUACGUAAAUGGGCUAAUGAUAUUACUCUUAUUCAAGAAACAGUAUCUGAUUAUAUGGCUGCAUUGAUUUUGAGGAAACUUGAGUCUGACCCAGAGUUUCUCAAGAAAUUUGUAUACGAAUUUUUACCAUCUGGCUGUCGAGACACAUUACCAACAGUACCGUUGUGGCUAGGAUUGUAUGGUCUAGCGACAUUUAAUCCUAUAGCAGUUGGCUCUUUUUUAGUAGGAUGUUCAUUGAACGUGGUUGAAAAUGUUAUUGUAUCGGCAGCUAGUUCUUUCCGACCCGCUACUAGGGAGGAUAUCGAAAAUAUUGUAGAAAAAGCAAAGUGCUAUUUUCUAAAAGACGUAGGGAAGCACUCCAUUUUCAGUGUGCAAAAUGCUUCUCGCAUUAUCCGUGGAUACGUUGAUGAAAAGGAACUAUCUACCAAGAGAAAGCAAGAAUUGCUUGAGAAUGUCGAGCCUUUCAUUUAUGGUAGAACGCCGUUGUAUGAGUCUCUCGAAAAGGCGAUAAAGCUUUUCGAAGGAGACACACACAAAUUGCUUUUCGUGCUAUCGGAUGGAAAGCCUACAGACGGCAGUAAUGAAAAUAUCGCCAAGAUCAACACAAUUACCUCCAAGUAUAGAGAAGCAAGCGUCAAAAUAGUAUCAUGUUUUAUUACUAGAUCCAAAGAUAUUCAUCCAAAACGUUUGUACGAUAAAACGUCACCUGAUUGGGAACCUGGAGCCAAGUUUCUGUUUUCGCUGAGCUCUGAAGUACCAACACAGCAUCUGCCACGAGCUAUUUUGGUCAAACGUGGUUGGACGAUCGAUAUUGCCAACAAUGAAACGAAGUUGUUUAUGCAAGUCAAUCAUCCGGAAAACUUAAGGUAUUAAGUUCAACAAAACCUCUUUUAGGAAUUCAUCAGUGGGGGGCGGUCGGGAGAUCAUCAGAGGGGGAGGCAUCAACAAAGAGAUACCUCAUUGGGCAGUGGUAAAUAGGCACAGUUUGGUCAAAGUUUCGUUUGGCUAAUUUUGACACCCAUUUUAAUAGCUCUCUCUUUGCCAUUAUUAUUACUUUAAAUGUAUUUCUUUUACUGUACACACCCUUGGUUGAAAUCAGAAAAUAAAACGUUUGGUGGUGGGCCAGCUUAUAUGUUUAAAAAGGCUACACAGCCAGAAACGCGCAAGUUGCAGCAGGUCUGCUGCAGACUUGAUGCACCUUGCGAUCAUCAAGCCGAUGUCAAGAUGCGUUCGCAUCGCUUGCUCUAGCUUGAUAAUAUCCAGUCUGUUGCAAGUUGUCAACAAGCCUGCUGCAAAUUGUUGACAACUUGCGGCAGACCGGUAAAUCCGCAGCUUGCAGCAAGUCUGUGGCGUUUCUGGCUGUGUACCACGUGCAGUAACGAUGUUAACUGCAAUCUUGUCCCCAGUUUCGAUUUCAAUGUAAUUGCCAAAACCGAUGACCUGUUUAAAACUGUGAUUGCUAAGUAUAACAUUCCUAACUCUGUAUUACUCGUUUUCUUUUGUACUUACUUUUUCUAUAUUUGUUGUGCAAGCACACAACGCAACCAUUUUCCCAGGGAUCCAGUGCGCUUAAACAGAAUUCUGACUUCAAUGUAAUCACUUUCAGGGAAGCGUGCAAAAUGGCCAAAGAUGUCGUUUGUUCCGCAGAUACAUUAUCAGAAUUGCUGGUAUCUGUUAACCUCGACAUAUACAUCAGCCAAACCACGAGUAGUUUUAAAGCGAAGGAACAAGAGGGAGGAACCUGCUACGCAAAUGCAUCUGCUGCCGUGCUUCAUUUGGCAAUGCAGCGAAUUCACGGUCGAGAAGGCGGUUACCCAGAUUUUCACGAGUUAAGAGAUGAAAUGGUCAAUGCCUAUGGAAACGAUGGCGCUAAUACCAGUGAAGUUUUGGACGAAAUAUGCCCAAAGUAUCGUUUACACAGCCAAAGCGUUUGCAUCAAGGGAGCGAUGGAAGUCAUUGUCAAGAAGCGUCCUGUGGUAGCAAGAUUCCGUCUAACGGACGACGAAUGGGAUGUUUUUAGAAAUUUCUACGACACCAAUCGAGUUAGUAUACUCACGCAAGAAGAACUUGAUGUUCGUAAGCGUCCUACAAGUCCUCCACCUCGCACGUUUGGCCAUGCUGUCGUUUUGACCAGUUACAACAGCAAGUGUUUGACCUUCAUGAAUUCGUGGGGACAAAAGUGGGGCGACAAUGGAUUCUUCAGAGUACAAAAUGCAGAAGUGCUUCAACUGGAAUUCUUCGACGUUUACUGGACGUUGAAUGACUUGACUGAAGGAGAGAAAGAGUAUUACCAUCGACAUGGAUCUGAAGUUGCUGCAAAGUUGAUGAAAUCGUUGAAAGGCUUGCAAAAAGCGGAAUACACCUGCCCAGAAUGUGAGCAAACAUCGUUGGUUACUGAAUUCAUUGGAACGCUGUCGAAAGUUCAGUGUUCGAAAUGUUUGCGCGAAUUUUCAACUAACGAUAACGCAGGAAACAUUCUGGCACUAAAUAUGUACUUGACAUCUUUGAGCAAAUGACUGCAUUGCUCUGUAUAAUUAUUGAGAGGACGAAGAGGUAUAUUACUUGAAAAAGCUUUGUUAUCCAUAAAAAGUUUCAUUGUAAUUUAUUAUAUAGCAUUGUAGUAAUAUUGUAUGAUGAGCAGAUUGCUCUGCUCUGUAUAUCGAGGGUAUAUUACUCGAAGAUUUAUUAUAGUCCAUAUAUAAUUUCACGAUUUUCACCAUGUUGUAAUCUAGAGUAAUUGACUGUAUUUCUAAAGCCAGCGGAACUCGUUUGACGUCAGUCCAUAAUUAUAUAUGCCCCUAUAACUUGAGCUUAUCUUCACCAAAUUGUAAAAAUUAAUUAAAAUUUAAGUUUGUCUCACCCUUACCUGCAGUGCUUUAUUUUUUGCCGGUUCGCAAAUGUUUUCAGAUUUUAGAACCAUCCAUUUAUAUUUGCAGUUUUAGAAAUAUCUAUUUUCGAAGUGGAACACAUUAGGAUGAUCCCUGAUGUAAACGUUUAACCAUAGCAGCCCAAAAAUGCGUGGUAGAUAUUUGUCUCUUUUAUGUAGCCUCAAGUUUUGGAAGCUUGUGCUCACACUACAAGCCACUCAGGCAAAGGUUUUAAUCAGCCAAUCAGCAUUGGCCAAAUUAGGCCAAAGUCAUGCAAGCAUAUAGGACUGCGGUGUAAAGAAUUAAUUAAAUACUGUGUAUUACUGUGUAUAUAUUGCAUAGAAUUUUGCGACGGCAACAUAAACAUAUUGUCUUCUUGGAAAACAUCAAGGUCAUUUAUUUCCGGUUGACGCUAUAAAACGAUGAAUAAUUUAUGCUGAUUUGGACCGCAAAAUCCGUGGUUUUCUCGGUAACCUAACUUUCAGUUCUACCUGGAAGACGCUCUGAUUAGUUUAUUCAACAUGCUUCAGAACGAAUCAAGAACGAAAUUGAAAGGUAUGUAAUUUCAAUUUACUGAAAAUUUUUGGUGUUCCUAAUACUAUAGUGUAUACGUAAUAGUUAUUACUCCAGUGCUUUACUAGUUCGAGAGGAAAUCACUGCUUUAAAAUAUAAAUUAUGAGAUGUUUGAAUUUUAGACUUUCGAAAGUCUGGCAAUUUAGUAUAGUCAAAUAUAUCAUCGACUUUAGCGAACUGUUUUUUUUAACUUGCACUCUCUGGACACUCAUAAUUUACGAAAUUUUCAUUUAAGUACAUGAGACUUUGACGCGAUUUUUCUUUCGCUUUAGAGUUCAGUCAGUGAGAGUUUUUCAUGCACGAAAAUAAUUGGCAACUGAGUCCAUAAAACUCGGCGAAUAGCAACAAAUUUCAAACAAACUUUAACGGGAUUUCAGACUACGAUUAAUGAAAUUAAACUCCCAGGUAAAACUGUUACAUCGACCGACGAAUUAGUCGACAUUUUUAAUGAUCAUUUUAGUAAUAUUGGCCCAAAGCUUGCUGAGUCUAUUCCAAAUGACAAUGACGUUAGUUUUCGAGAUUUUAUUACUCAACAAAAAUCUAAGACAAAGAACAGUUUCUCAUUUCGACCAGUGAGUGUAACAUUGGUUUACACUCUUCUAGUUAAGCGACUGGAAUAGAUAAAAUUUCAGCUAAAAUUCUACAAGUAGCAGCUCCAGUUAUUGCACCUUCUCUUACUGAGAUUUUUAAUAUGUCAAUUGACUCGGAUCAAUUUCCUUCUGAUUGGAAAGCUGCAAGGGUUAUUCCAUUGUUUAAGAAAGGUCAGCGGUCCAUGUUGGACAACUAUGGACCGAUAUCAAUCCUUCCUGUAGUAAGUAAACUUAUGGAAAGAAUUAUGUAUGAUCAAAUGUAUGAGUAUCUUAACCAGAAUAAUCUUUUCUCAAAACACCAAUUUGGUUUCAGACCUUAUCAUUCCACAACUACUACAUUAUUGGAUUGUACGAACGAAUGGUAUACCAGCAUGGACCGUGGGCUGUAUAACUUAGUUGUUUUUCUUGACCUAAAAAAAGCAUUCGAUACAGUCGACCACGAAAUACUGUUAAGUAAGUUUGAAAUGUAUGGUUUCCAAAGGAAAGCAUUAAAUCUUUUACGUUGCUAUUUGACGCACCGAAUUCAAAGUUGUCAAUUGGCCAGUAUACUCUCGGUGGAGAAAGAAAUCAUUUGUGGCAUUCCUCAGGGAAGUAUACUCGGCCCUCUCUUAUUUAUUAUGUACAUAAAUGAUUUGCCAAGCUGUCUAGAACGCACAACUCCAAGAAUGUUUGCUGAUGAUACUAACUUAACGGCAGUAGGCAGAACAAUUAGUGAGGCGGAAGAGAGGGCGAGCGUAGACAUGAGGAAUGUUCAGAAAUGGCUUUGUGCAAAUAAACUAAGUCUAAAUAUAGCGAAAACCGAGUAUGUUUUAAUUGGAACACGACAUAAAAUAAGUAAUAUUGAUACCCAUCAAGGAGUUAAAAUAAAUAAUCAAUUGAUUAAAAAAGUUAAAAAUACCAAAGCUCUUGGAGUUGAAUUAGACGAAAACUUGAGUUGGGAAAAACACAUUAACCAUAUUAGCAGUAAAAUAUCAUCAGGUAUUGGGGCUAUUAGAAAAAUGAGGGAGUAUGUCGAACAAGACAUUUUAAUAAAAGUUUAUAAUGCCUUAAUCCAACCUUAUUUUGAUUAUUGCUGUGAAGUAUGGGAUACACUUAAUAAAGGCCUAAGUGAACGUCUACAGAAAUUCCAAAACAGAGCGGCUAGGUUGAUCAUGAACUUAAAAAAUGAACAUGGUCAGUCUAUUUUGGCACGAAAAUCUCUAGGCUGGGUAACACUUGAAGAGCGUAGGGCACAAAUGAAAGCCAGGCUCAUGUACAAGACAGUUAAUGGUUUAGCCCCCCAACGACUAUGUGAAGCUUUCCAAAAUCUGAAUACCAUUCAUGACCAUAAUCUGAGAGGUUCUUCAACAAGGUUUUAUAUUCCAAGACCAAAAACGGAAUCCUUAAAAAAAAGCUUCCAAUAUAGUGGGGCUAAACUAUGGAAUCAGAUACCUGAAGAGAUACGCAAUUCGGUAUCGUAUAAUUCGUUCUGUAAAAAGCUAUCUGGUAUAUAAUUGUAUUGUAUGUAUGUAAUAUUAGGCUAGUAGUUAAUUUUUUGUCUAAAUAGGUAUAUAAUUGUAUUUGUUAUGUAUGUAAUAUUAGAGCUAGUAUAUAAAUAAUAAUUUGUAAGUACACAUCCCUUUUGGAAAUCAGCUUUUGCUGAAAAGGCCAAUGUGUUUAAAUAAAGUUGAUCUAGUUGCUCAUGUGAUUCAGAGAUGGUAUAUGCGGCAAGUCAAGCGCCUUACGACAAUUGCAUUGCGUUGUUAGCUUUAAAAUGCGUCAGUCAUUUCUUACCUGCUUUUGCCGAAACAAAAUUUGGUUGCCAAGUAGUAAACCGCUAUUGCGUACAUUAGUAUUACAGUUCACACUGCGCCGCCAAAAUAAGUUAUCCUAAUUUUUCAGUUUUACGAUGCAGAGUUCUUUUUUCCGCAAUUUUCCCGCGACAACACAUAUUGAAAAAUUCCCGGAGAUCUAUCACAAAAUCUGAAAUUAAGAAAUGUUAUAGACGUGUGUAUGUAGACUUUGAUCACAGAGAACAGCUAAUAAAUGGUGGGGUUAGUUUAGAAUCUCUGGUCUGAUCCUGGACACUCGUAAUUUACGAAUUUUUCAUUUAAGUGCAAGACUUUGACGCGAUUUUCCUUUCGCUUUAGAUUCAGUUGAGAGUUUUUCAUGCACGAAAAUAACUGGCAACUGAGUCCAUAAAACUCAACGAAUAGUAAAAAAAACUCAAUGACUAGUAAAAAAUUUCUAAACAGCUUUAAUGGGAUUUCAGUUGCUGUGAUUCAGGGAUAGCAUAUGCGGCAAUUCAAGCGUUUCGACAAUUGCAUUGCGUUGUUAACUUAAAAACGCGUCAGUCACUUCUUACCUGCUUUUGCCAAAACAAAUUUGGUUGCCAAGUAGUAAACCGCUAUUGCAUACAGUUCUAUUUGUUUUGCAUUCAAGCAGACCAUGACAGUGCCGCACCGCCAAAAUAAGUUAUCCUAAUUUUUCAACUUUACGAUGUAGAAUUCUUUUCUCCGCAAUUCUCCCGCGAUAUUUAAACACAAAGGCAUUGUGGCAUUUGUAUAUACCUAGCUGAGAUUUGAUAAAUUCCCGGAGAUCUAUCACAAAAUCUGAAAUUAUAAGAAAUGUUAUAGACGUGUGUAUGUAGACUUUGAUCACAGAGAACAGCCAAUAAAUGGCGGGGUUAUAGUUUGGAACUUAUCUCAAUUCAACCUGUCCAUAUUUCCUGCGGGAAGCAAGAAUCGAAACUAAUCGAAGCUAAUAUAUCAGAAGUGGUAUAGGCGUUUGCUCUGGUGUGCCACUAAACCUGUGUUUCCAACAACUCAUAACGGCAAGGGUCAUGUAGGGGUAAAAUAGCAACUGCAUGGGAUUUGCGUAUUUUUAGACUGCGAAAAUGAGAUUUGGGUUACUGGGACUGGGAAUGACUGACACAAAAAUUGGAAUGGGAAAACCAUUACGAAGACAGAGUUAACAUUUCUUAAUUUCAGAUUUUGUGAUAGAUAUCUGGGAAUUUUUCAAUUCUCAGUUAAACGACAAUGCAGCACUCGUAAAGAGUACCUUAAAUAAAUAGAAUAUUCUGCACAAGGUGCAUGCCUCACUAUAGAUAAGCUUUACGCGGUUUCACGAGGUCUCCUUGCCUUUACUACUAUAGACUACUGUGUGUAAACGUAAUAUUUUUUAUAUUUGUGCCAAAUAAGUGUAUCUUGUUGUUGUAAUAAGUGUAUCUUGUUGUUGUAUCUUCUUGUCUUGUCUUGUCUUGUCUUGUCUUGUCUUGUCUUGUCUUGUCUUGUCUUGUCUUGUCUUGUCUUGUCUUGUCUUGUCUUGUCGGGAUGUUCUUUUCAAUUUUACAUUUGGGACCGGUAUUUAGUUGGUGGGGAAAUGGUGCAAAAUGGGAUCUAGACGCUGUUCAAUACACUUCUCUUGAGUUCAUAAGAUGAUACUUUUUAGAGGAGGUUUUUUGUCUGAUGGUAAAUACCAAAGGAUUCGAAUUUUUUUUCAUUGCAGAUAAAACAAACAUGUCGCUAACUGGAAUACUACUUGAUGUUCCUGGUUCUAUGGAGAAGAACAUUGGAAGCGGUACUGACGAAGAAGGUGGACUUGGGCUCAGUCUAUUUUCAAUGUUAUCGAUGACCUUAUUGAACAUGAUCUUACGUCUGAGAAUCGUGUUUUUACAAUACUCUGGUUCUCCAUUAUAACAUACGAGCCUCUAGUCCUAGUCUAGGGUACAUUUUAAUUUACGUGCGUGGAGAAACCGUCGGACAAAGCUACAGUUCGGUCGGACACCAAUUCACUCGGGUCGAACAAACAGUAAACCUCAGUUUCACGUAGGUCGGACAGAAUGUCCGGUGGUUUCCUUUCUACGUCGUACAAUUUGACGAAUGGGUUGGACAAUGUCCGUGACCGACCGAUAUUUUAAGGCCUGGGUAUAAUUAAAAACUAAAGCACUCACAUUUUUCUUUAUUGCAGAUAAAACAAGCAUGCCGUUGACUGGAAUACUACUUGAUGUUUCUGCAUCUAUGAAGAAGAACAUUGGAAGCGGUACUGAUGUAAAAGGCGGACCAUGGGCUCAGUCUAUUUUCAAUGUUAUCGAUGACCUUAUUGAACAUGAUCUUACGUCUGAGAAUCGUGUCUUUGCAAUAGGCGUCGGUGCUGAAUGUCCCGGCAAAGAAAUAUUUGAUGUUAUUGCAACUCUUCAACAAUUUGAAAACACGAACAGGCCUGCAACUGAAGACCACAUCAACGAGAUCCUUGAUAUUCUCGAGAGAAACGGUGCACGCAACAUACGUAAUUGGGCCUGCAAUUUUGAACUGAUUCAAGGUGUACUAUCUGAUUAUAUGGCAACACUGACUCUGCGAGAAUUUGAAUCGGACAAACAGUUUGUCAAAAAAUUUGUGGACGAGUUUUUACCAUCCAGUUGUCGUGAUAAAGUACAAACAGCAUCUCAUGCUGGCGGCCAACCUCGAACCCAGCCUUUCAAUCUGAGCGAGAGGAGCGCAGAAUCAAUCCCGAUCUUUCUCGAUCCAAGAACUGGCGCAUCCACAAGGCCAGAUUUUUAUUUUCAAUCCAGAGGAGUGCAGAAUGAAAGCCUGAGUUCAUGGUUGUUUGGCGGCGUACUAUUUGGUCUACGUACAGCAGCGAACGUGGCAGAGAAUGCUACUGUAUGGACAGCUAGUUGUUUUAGAUCAGCUACGAGAGAAGAUAUCGAAGAAGUUGUAAGAAAGGCAAAAUGCUAUUUAGAAGAUGCCUCUCGCAUUUUAAAAGACGUAGGGACCAACUCAAUAUUCAGUGUCCAAGAUGCCUCUCGCAUUAUCCGUGGAUGCGUUGGUGAAAAGAAACUUAACGAACUUUCUAAAGAGCGGAAGCAAGAGUUACUUGAGAACGUCGAGCCUUUCAUUUAUGGCGGAACGCCAUUGUAUGGAUCUCUCGAAGAGGCAAUAAAGCUUUUCGAAAGAGACGACACAUCUGAGAACAAAUUGCUUUUCGUGCUUUCAGAUGGAGAGCCUACAGACGGCAAUGAUGACGAUAUCGCCAAGGUCAAGCAAAUUACCUCCAAACUAAGAAAUGCAGGCGUCAAAACAGUGUCUUGUUUUAUCACUAGAUCAACAGAUAUUCAUCCAAAACGAUUGUACGAUGAAAUGCCACCUGAUUUGGAUCCUGGACCCGAGUUUCUGUUUUUGUUGAGCUCUGAAGUACGAACACAGGAUUUAGUGGCACGAGCAAUCUUGGUCAAACGUGGUUGGACGAUCGACAUUGCCAACAAUGAAACAAAGUUGUUCAUGCAAGUCAAUCAUCCCGACAACUUAAGGUAUAUCAAGAUUAUCAAGUUCAACAAUAAUGUCUCUUUUAGGAAAUCAUCGAUCAGCAGUGCAUUGAAACGCGGUAAAGUACGAAUUGGUUGAUGAGGGUGUAGGGUCCUACCCCAGAACUUUUUGGGGGCUAAUAUACUUAAUAACUACUAAUACUGAUAAAAUUGCCAAAUCUGCAGGUUUAUCAAUGUCAGGGAAAAUUUGCAAUUUUAACUGUAUGCGAUAAGCGCCACGUACUGUUUCUCUUCCUUCCGUCUCAUUGCAGGAGUGCAGUAUUUUGUUGCUGAAAUCUGUGUAGCUCACUAGUUCUAUAAUUUAUCGUACUAGUAUCAUGAUACGAGUGCUUUAAUACUGAAUUCUAACGUUUUAUCAUGGAUUUACUUUCAGGGAAGCUUGCGAAAUGGCCCGAGAUGUCGUCUGUUGUCCUGAUGCUUUAUCUGAAUUGAUUGUAUCUGUUGACCUCGACAUAUAUAUAAACCAAACCACUGAUGAGUUUAUACCGAAUAAACAACAGAGGAAGACAUGCUAUGCGAACGCAUCUGCUGCUGUGCUCCAUUUGGCAAUGCAACGAAUUCACGGUCGAGAAGGCGGAUAUCCAGAUUUUCACAAGUUGAAAGAUGAAAUGAUCGAAGCCUAUGGAAGCGAUGGUGCUGUUACCCGUAAAGUUCUGCAAGAAAUAUGCCCGAGGUAUCGUUUACACAGCCGAAAAGUCCGCAUCAAGGGAGCGAAGAAAGCUAUUGUCAAAAAGCGUCCCGUGGUAGCAAGAUUUUGUCUAACGGUCGACGAAUGGAAAGCUUUUUCAAAUUUUUACGAGAAUGAUCCAACAGGUAUACUCACGCAGAAUGAACUUGAUGUUCGUAAGCGUCCUACAAGUCCUCCGCCUCCCACUUCUGGCCAUGCUGUCGUUUUGACCAGUUACAACAGCAAGUGUUUGACCUUCAUGAAUUCCAGUGGAGAAGGGUGGGCAGACAAAGGAUUCUUCAGAGUAGAAAAUGCAGAAGUGCUUCAACUGAAAUUCUUCGACGUUUACUGGACUUUGAAUGACUUGACUGAAGGAGAGAAAGAGUAUUAUCAUCAACAUGGAUCUGAAGUAGCUGCAAAGUUGGUUAACUUGUUGAAAGGCUUGCAAAAAGCGGAAUACACCUGCCCGGAAUGUGAGCAAACAUCGUUGGUUACCGAAUUUAAUGGAACGCUGUCGAAAGUUCAGUGUCCGAAAUGUUUGCGCAAAUUUUCAACCAACGAUAACACAGGAAACAUUCUGGCACUAAAUAUGUACUUAACAUCUUUGAGCAGAUGA